AAUCAAUCCGCCUGCUCCUCUGAUCUCCAUUUUCGCCGACUAUCGGAAUCACCGUAUGCUUGCCAUGGCGUUGAUGGCUUCCUCUUCAAUUGUAGCCUCCUUCUCCCGCCUUUCCCCCGCCCUUCGGACUCCAUCAUCGAUUUUACCCUCAGUUCCUUCGCUCUUAUUCAUUUCCAAGCCUAAGGUUUUUUAUUGGCACAGAAGAUUUGGAUCGACAACUACUGUAAUGGCGUCCAAAGAGUCCGCUGAGAAUAACCCUGGACUUCAAACCACCUUGGAUGAGGCCACCAAAGGCUAUUUCUUGCAGCAAACCAUGCUUCGGGUGAAGGACCCUAAAGUCAGUCUUGACUUCUACUCCCGAAUCCUGGGGAUGUCAUUGCUCAAAAGAUUGGAUUUUCCCGAGAUGAAAUUUACCUUAUACUUUUUGGGAUAUGAGGACACAUCAUCAGCUCCUAGUGAUCCUAGCCAACGCACAUCUUGGACUUUUGGGCAGAAAGGGACUCUUGAGCUUACACACAAUUGGGGUACUGAAACUGAUCCUGAGUUCAAAGGCUAUCACAAUGGGAAUUCAGAUCCUCGUGGCUUUGGACACAUAGGCAUUACUGUUGAUGAUGUAUACAAGGCCUGCAAGAGAUUUGAAAGUUUGGGAGUGGAGUUUGUUAAAAAACCCGAGGAUGGUAAAAUUAAGGAUAUAGCAUUCAUCAAGGACCCAGAUGGCUACUGGAUCGAAAUCUUCGACACCACAACGAUUGCCAAAACAACUGCUUCAGCUGCGGUUUGAUCAUACUCUGCAUGUUUUUCAGAAUAUGCACGUCCGGUGAAACGCUCCAUGAACAUGUGCCAAUCCCGACACUUGAUGGAGAUGAUAAACACAUGUUUGUGUUGUGAGAGUAUCUUUCUGUGAACUUUUGAAAGUAAUAAUGUUAGUAGGGACCUAAUUGUAUGGCUUUGGUGAUUUGGGAGGUUGGCCUAAUGGAUAUUUUGCUUGGACU